AUGCUUGGUUCCAACUCGAUUCUGAAUUCUCUGCCUAUAAAUUUGCGCAGCAUUCCCCUCUGAUCUCCUCCUUCCUCCAGCCGCUCAUACAUUCGAUGCCCCCAAAAAAUAAUAAAAAAAACUACUGUUUUGUAGUUCUCGGUUUGAUUAAAGAGGCCGGCCUCUCUCUCUGUCUCUCUCUCCUCCUCCCCCCGCCCCUUGCUUGCUUAGUGCCCCUGCACGUGCCCUGCCAUCGCAGACUGUGCUUUUUGUAGAGUAAUAAUCCCACCGCCCCUCGCUUUACAUUGAUGCGGAAUAGUAUACUUUCUCAUUGAAAUUCCCUUGAUUCUCUUCGUUGAUAUCCUCUCUUUCACUACUUCCCUCCUCAUCCGGAUUUCUGCUGCUGCUGCUGCUGCUGGAGAAUUUUGAGCCUUCCUAUAAAGUUGGGUCCUUUCUUCUCCAUAAUCUAUUGACGACAGAGAGCCGCCAAUGGGUGAAGAAGAAGCUAAACAGCAGCCGGAAGGGGCCAAGGCAGAGGAAAAGAAAGAAGAGAAAACAGAGGAGAAUAAAGAAGACAAGGCAGAGGAGAAAAAAGAUGAAGCCGAUAAGCCCCCCAAACCAUUUGUUUUGUCGGUGGACCUGCAUUGCAUGGGAUGUGCAAAGAAGAUUGAGCGGUCCAUUUUAAGGAUUAGAGGCGUUGAAGGGGUUGUAAUCGACAUGUCGCAAAACCAAGUGACUAUAAAAGGUAUAGUGGAGCCCCAAGCUGUAUGCACCACCAUUGAGAAGAAAACCAAAAGAAGAGCCCAAGUGUUGUCGCCGCUACCCGCAGCUGAGGGGGAGGUUGUUGCCUCGCAGGAUAGCGGAUUGACCACCGUGGAGCUGAAUGUGAACAUGCAUUGUGAGGCUUGCGCUGGCCAACUCAAGAGAAAGAUUCUCAAAAUGAAAGGAGUACGCACGGCGGAGACGGAGCUAAGCUCCGGGAAAGUCACGGUGACAGGCAGCAUGGACGCAAACAGGCUGGUUGAGUACGUUUACAGACGCACCAAAAAGGAAGCCAAAGUUGUUCCUCAACCCGAACCUGCACCUGCAGAGAAGCCAAAAGAGGAAGCAUUAGCAAAGCCCUCGGAAGGGCCUAUUAAGGAAGAGAAGCCACCCAAGAAGGGCCCACAAGAAGAAGAAGUAGAAGAAAAGAAAGAAGGCGGUGGCGGUGAGAGCGGGAACAAUGGUGAUGCGGCAGGUGGGAAUGAGGCGGUGAUGAUGAUGAGUAACGUCGACGAGCUAAGCAAGCAACAAAUGAUGUAUUAUUAUCAGCCACUUUACGUCAUGGAAAGGAUCCCACCGCCUCAGCUCUUCUCCGAUGAAAACCCCAAUGCCUGUUGCAUUGCAUAGUUUUUUUUUUCGAAAAAAAAGAAACUCAACGUUUAUUACCACAUCAUGCAAUAUCAAAUAAGUUAAAGGCACACAUUCAACCACAGAGAUUUGGUUUUUUCUAAUACCUACCAGAUCCGGUAUUUGGUGACAUGGUCCAGCAUUUUUGUUAGUACUGGAUUUUGUGUGUACUAAUAUGUACAAACUCUUUUCCUUAAUUUGUGUGGAGGCCAAGAUUUUUACAGCUGAAUUUUACAUUUUUUUUUCUUGUUCGAA